CUACGAAGAAAUUUUUUGUUAGGAAGUUGGUCGUCUGAUACCUACUAAGUCUGUGAAAUUAUUUAAUUUUCAGAUUUUUCUCACAAAUCGUGAAAGACUUUAUUAAAAUGUCUAUGUGAUCACGUUUGCUAUUUUGGAACUUUAUCAUAAUUUUAAUUAUUGCUCCAGUCGAUGCGGUGGAGUUCGGUGAUGCGAUGAAGCAGCGGGCGAGCGAGUGGUGGGGGGCGUGGGUGCGGUGACGCGAGGGUAGAUGGCGGAGGGCGAGGCGAGCGGGGGCGGGGGCGGGGGAGGGCACGGCCAGCCCGACGCCGUGCUGCUCGCGCCGCUCACCGAGGACACCUUUCUGCACAAUCUCCACGUGCGAUACAAACGGGACCUCAUCUACUCCACUCUACCGUCGUCGGACAGAAUCUCUGGCGUCGUUUUAAUAUGCGCCGGUGUCGGCGGCGGUGCUGUGCAGACGUACGUGGGCAACGCGCUGGUGUCGGUGAACCCGUGCCGCGCGCUGCCGCUGUACUCGGCGGAGGCGGUGCGCGCGUACCUGGCGCGCGCGCCGCACCUGCUGCCGCCGCAUCUGUACGCGCUCACCGCCGCCGCCUACCGUUGGGUGCGCGACAGGCAGGAGAGCCAAUGCAUCGUAAUAACCGGCGAGAGCGGCGCGGGCAAGACGGAGGCGGCGCGCGUGUGCCUGCAGUGCGCGGUGGUGGCGGGCGGGGAGGGCGCGGGGGCGGGGGGCGCGCUCACCGCCGCGGGCACGCUGCUCGAGGCGUUCGGGAACGCGGCCACCGCGCGCAACCACAACGCCAGCCGUGAACGAGCUUUGCCCGCGCCUUCCUGGGCUAGGCCUCGUCCUGGACGCUCGCGGGCGCAGGCUGCGACGUGGGGGAAUUUGCGCGUUCUCGGCGCCGGCGACGACAACACUAUAAUCACUGUGCCGCGCAUUCGCCGCUCGUAUGUCGCGGGACACUCGUCGCCCGCUGCCCGCCCCGCGGCGGUCCAGAACGGUUUGUACAAAUCCCGCUCCUCCCCGGUCGAAACGAUGACGUCGCUUUUUCUUUUGCAGGGCAAAUUGUUAGAUGUAGAGUUCGACUUCCGCGGUCUGCCGGUGGGAGGACAUAUAACGCACUACCUUUUGGAGAAGGAGCGCGCGUGCGGCGCGGCGGAGGGCGAGCGCAACUUCCACGUGUUCUACCAGCUGCUGGCCGGCGCCGACGCGCACCUGCUCAAGCGUCUGCGGCUGCAGCGGAGUUGGGAGCAGUACAGCAUUCUGCGCGGGGCGGGCGCGGGCGCGGGCGCGGGGCGGGAGGCGGGCGCGUCCCCCCGCCGCGCCGCGCCCGCGCCCGCCGCGCCGCCCGCCGCCGCCGAUGAUAAGGACCACUUCGCAUUCACCAAGGCGGCGAUGGCGCGGCUGGGCCUGGGCGCGGCGCAGUGGGGCGCGGUGGAGCGCGCGCUCGCGUUCCUGCUCAAGCUCGGGAACGUGCAGUUCGAGCCGCAGCACAACAUCGACGGCUCCAUCGGCGUGCGGCUGCACAAGCGAUACGAGUUGAGCGAGGCGUGCGCGCUCGUGGGCGUGGACGAGCACGCGCUGGCGAGCGCGCUGGGCGCGGCGCCCCCGCCCCCGCCCCCGCCCCCCGACGACGGAGACUUGUUUACGGGUGAGUCCCAUAGUGAUUUUUGGAUUGGGGUCUUUUUAAUUUUGGGACGACCUGAGGAUCGAACGCUCACUUUUAACGUGAUCGUUAUGAUCGUGAGUUUCGUGUCAAUUUCUCGAUUUUAUUUUGAACCAUCCCGGGAGGCAGAUUCGAGCGAGGUGGAGUCCGGGUGCUCGGGCGAGGGCUCGGCGGACUGCGAGGGCGCGGGCGGAGACGGGGGCGGGGGCGAGUGGGAGGCGUGGACGGGCGCCGAGUGGGCGGCGCGCGCGCGGGACCGCCUGCUCGCCGCGCUCUACUCGCGCCUCUUCACCUGGCUCAUCCACAACGUCAACGAGGCCAUCAAGGGUCCGGAGGGGGGCGCGCGGUGCUCGCUGGGCAUCCUGGACGUGUACGGGUUCGAGUCGCUGGCGCACAACGGGCUCGAGCGGCUGCUGAUCAACUACGCGGCGGAGCGCGUGCAGGCGUGCGUCACCGCCGCCACGCUGCGCCGCGAGCAGGACGAGUACGCGCGCGAGGGCCUCGACUGGACCCCGCUGCCCUACCAGGACCACGAGCCGCUGGCGGAGCUGCUGGACCUGGGCGCGGACAGCGUGCUGGGCGCGCUGCGGGAGUGCAGCGCGCGCGGGCCUGUCCGACGCCGCCUUCCUGCAGCGGCUGCAGCGCCGCCGCCACGCGCGCCUGCUCGCCGCGCCGCCCGACAGAUUCCAGUCGGUACUCUUCGGGGAUCGAGAUCUCGUCGAGCCCGCUUCCGCCGGAUUCGUCUCUCUCGAAAUCGAUGUCGAAUUCGGUGUCGGCGCGCUCGGCGACCUGCCGGUGUACGGGAAUGUGGUGUGAUCCAGGAUAGUGCACUUCGGCGGGCCGGUGACGUACAGCGCGCGCGGCAUCGUGGAGCACAACCGCGACAGCGUGUGCCGCCGCUGCAGCGCCGCGCUGGGCGCCGCGCGCGAGCCGCUGCUGGCCGCGCUGUUCGCCCCCGCCAUCUCCGCCGCCGCCGCCCCGCACGCCCCGCACGCCCCAGACAGAAUCGAUCACCGAUUCGACCCUCGCUACAUCCAUCUAUAAAAUAUUUAUCUAACAUUCACUGUUCAAUAUUUAUUCAACGUCAUUUGGAUUUCUUAAGUCCAUUCGUACGGUGGAGCAGGCGGGGCGUCGGCGACGGCGACGGCGGGGUCGCCGCGGCGGCCGCUGGCGCUGGCGUGCCGGCAGCGCGCGCUGGUGGGCGCGCUGGUGCGGCGGCUGCUGGGGGCGGGGGGGGCGGGGGGCGCGCCCCGCCUCGUGCGCUGCCUGCGCCCCGACGCGCUGCUCAGGCCGCACCGCUUCGACGGCCCGCUGCUGAGGCGGCAGAUACGUGA